UCCCGACCCAGUGGGCUUCUCCUCCACCUUAUCUCCACAUCUCUCUCUCUCUCUCUCUCUCUCUCUAAAACGGCCUCCAUGAGAUCUCCACAAUCGCUAUAAGCAGCAACCAUCGCCAUCGCCAUCGCCAUCGCCGUCGCCGUCGCCCGUCCCGCUCGCGGAAGCGAAGAUGCCACCGAUGGCCGCUCUCUCCUGCCCCGCCGCCGCCUCCUCUCCCUCCCUCUCCUCCAUCGCCUCCCCCUCCCCUUCCUCCGACCGAGCCAAAGCGCCGACGUUUUCGCUCGCCUUCGGUCUCCGGGCCAAACCCGCGAUACCCGCCACGACCUUCUGGCGACCCGGCGGCAUUGCCGCCCCACGUUCCCCGAUCCGCUGCGCCGUCUCGAUCGAGAAGGAGACCCCCGAGACGGAGCGCCCCGAGACGUUCCUCCGCGAGGCGGACGGCGGCGGAAACGGCGCGGCGGCCGCGGCGGCCGCAGCGGCGCCGUCCUCCGUGAGGGCGAGGUUCGAGAGGAUGAUCAGGGACGCGCAGGACCGGGUGUGCGAGGCGAUCGAGGCGGCGGACGGGGGAGGGAAGUUCAAGGAGGACGUGUGGUCGAGGCCCGGCGGGGGCGGCGGGAUCAGCAGGGUGCUGCAGGACGGCGCCGUCUGGGAGAAGGCGGGGGUGAACGUCUCGGUGGUGUACGGGGUGAUGCCGCCCGAGGCUUAUAGGGCUGCGAAAGGCGCUGCUUCCGAUCACAAGCCUGGUCCGGUUCCCUUUUUCGCGGCUGGCAUCAGCUCGGUCUUACAUCCUAAGAAUCCUUUUGCUCCAACGUUGCACUUCAACUAUAGAUAUUUUGAGACUGAUGCUCCUAAAGAUGCACCUGGAGCUCCGAGACAAUGGUGGUUUGGUGGUGGAACUGAUCUUACUCCUUCUUACAUCUUUGAGGAGGAUGUCAAGCACUUUCAUUCGGUUCAAAAGAAUGCUUGUGACAAAUUCGAUUCUUCCUUCUAUCCUCGAUUCAAGAAAUGGUGUGACGAUUAUUUUUACAUCAAGCACCGAGGUGAAAGGAGAGGACUCGGAGGAAUCUUUUUUGAUGAUCUCAAUGACUAUGAUCAGGAGAUGCUUCUUGCUUUUGCAACUGAAUGUGCCAACAGUGUGAUCCCUGCUUAUAUACCAAUCAUAGAAAAGAGGAAAGACACACCGUUUACAGAGGAGCACAAGGCAUGGCAACAGCUGCGUAGAGGACGCUAUGUAGAAUUUAACCUGGUUUAUGAUCGGGGCACAACAUUUGGACUGAAGACAGGAGGGCGAAUUGAGAGUAUCCUUGUUUCUCUUCCAUUAACUGCUCGGUGGGAGUAUGACCAUAAACCAGAGGAAGGAAGUGAGGAGUGGAAGCUACUAGAUGCUUGCAUAAACCCAAAAGAAUGGCUCUAGUAAUUCUUGGAAAAGCUUGAAGCGUGUUAAUUUGCUGUGUAGUCAUUACCAUUUCUCCUUCUUCAUCAGUUUGUUUUGCUUGAUGGCUGAGUUAGUAGGCGCAUCCCAGAAUUUGUUUACUGGCUAUAGGUAGGAGAUAUCGGCGGAUCUCUUGUAAAUCGUUGUUGUGUACUCUUGUGUUAAUCGGCGGUGAAUGAUAAUUGCUCAAUGGAAGCACUUGAGAUAUUUCUACUGGUUC